AUGGCUACCACAUCCAGCCAACAACCAGCCAAUUUGGCAAACAAUUCAUCUUCCAUUGCUGCUAGAGCUUCGAGUACCAAUAUCCAACCGCACUCUGAAUCUCCUACGCCCGGUCUAACCGCACCGUCGCCAUCUCUGGCCGCUCCUACUAUUAAUGGCAGUACCAAUGGCCUUCUGUCUUCUACGCUAUCGAAUGAUGGCUCUAUGCAUGCAGACUUAAGACAAUAUCCUCGAGACGGACGCGUUAGGAAUCCGGUCCCGAGCAAACUGAAAGAUGUUACGGAACAGAUGAAGGGGAAUUUCAGUGUAAUGCACAUGGAUGUUGCUAGUCAUCGCGCUAGCGAAGGUCGUGAUGCCGCUGCGAAGCGCACGAGCGAAAGCACGGCUCUGCAGGCCAAAUUGGCUCAGACCGACAGCUACGUAUCCCACCAACGACGAGCGAACUAUCCCAGACCGCCUGGGUUAAAACAAUUCACAUCCCCGAAGAAGUCUGCUUCUAUAGAGCCGGUCACUGAAAUAGUACCAGUACCAGUGCCAGUGCCAGCGCCAGCGCCAGCGCCAGUACCUGAGACAGCUAGCCCUCUCACUAUCACCGAAACAAAAACUGAACAGGCUCGAUUAUUGACGCUUUUAAGAACUCUUCCCCCUCAUACAGUAGUCGACCAAUUAUGUAAGGCACUGGCAUUCUUUGGCGGCAUCCCCGAGGCUCCCCCUCCUGCUGAUGGCAAGUUCCCCGAAAGCGCAGAAUCAAAUGGAUCCGGCUCUUUAUUUGUAGGGUGGAUUGCUGAGAUAUUUCCUAAUCUAAAAGAACCUCGGAGGCGGGCAUCAUUCCCAUCCACGCAGUCUAUACAUCAGCGACGGCCUAGGGGGCGUCCGAAGGGCAGCAAAGCCAGCAAGUCUCGGAGUGACAAGGGUAUCAAGAAGGGUACUAAGGGAACCACAAACCGAUCCCAAGAAGCUCAAGAUGACAGCUGGGUGGAUGUAGAGGAUAGUGUCCUGGAAUUGAACGGAGACGACGAUCUAGUCGAGGUUGAGGGGCCAUCGGAGAAUGCUCCGAAUACACCCCCGCAACUUCAGGGCGGAGGCCAGUUCAACAAUACCCCGAUCAUGGGUUCGACUGGUGGGUUUAAGUCUAUCAACGAUGCGACUGCGAUGCUUGCGCCUGGAUCUAAUACAAAACGACGUGGACGGCCAAAGGGCUCAAAAAACCGACCCAAGGACAUGCCUGGUGUGCAGCAAGCUGGUCAACUGGCUGAUCCUACGCCUGCAAACUCGAAUGCUCACCCUAUCCAGGCCGAUCAUGUAUCGACGCUCCCAAUACCACCAAAGGUGACCCCUGUACCAGUACCAAUACCCAUGCUCGGUGAGCAACCUAGAAAGAAAACAAAUUCUGGACGGCCAAAGGGUUCUAAGAAUCGCCCUAAGGCCGCCGGCGAGUCCAUAGGUCAAGAUGGUACUAUAUCACAGCAGCAGCAGACGGCUGACUUAUCGAACCAGCAAAUUAGCCAGCAUGCUGUUGCUGGCCCCUCGUUUACAGGUGGUACUGCUACAUCCUCUAUCACGGAUGGUAUUACUUCUCAGAACGAUCAGCGAGCCCAGCUAUUACCUCCGCCUGCUAUAACUAACAGCCAGGUGCCAACCCCGCAAGUUAAGGAGUCGACUAUAGUUGGUAAGAAGCGGAAGCGUCAGUCUGCCCCCACUGGUACUGUCAACCCUCAAACUGACGGAGCCUCCGAUGGUGUUGUCGGAAGUAAUGUAAUUCCCCAACAAGCACAGUCUAGCCUUUCCCAGGCAACUUCAGCUUCGAUUUCUCAAACGCAACCGUCAGCCGUUCAGUCUAUUCAGCAGACCUCUGCGAAUGCUAAUACUACACCGUCUACAAAGCGACCGCGGAAUAAGAAUCCUGCGUCGUCUGCAACGGUAAACCUGGAUCAAACCCGGCAAGCCGGCCAGGUCACUGCUCCUUCCCAAAGCCAUACACAGGCCGAAGGUCUCGAAGCUCAUUACGAACGGAUAGCUGCGCUACAGAAUCGCAGUGACCAAGUACAGAGCAACACUAAUCGCCCCCAGAAACAACAGCAGCAUCAGGCAACGGCAUCAAUUGGUAACACAGCCUCUCCGACCCCUGCGGAAGGGUUGGAAGCUCACUACGAACGUUUCACGGCCCUCCAAAAUCGCCAGGAUAACGCAAGACAGCAGACUGCCAAUCGUCAACAGAUGCAGCAACAGAAUACCCAAACGGCUUCCCCUAUUUCUUCGCAGACUUCGAAGGCUCCACAGAUGCCAUCUACAUUAGCUUCCCACCAGCAGACCAGACCGUCCCAAAAUUAUUACCAAACACAGACUCUUAGCUCGUCCUACAACACACAAACGCCCACGUACUCUACGAGCCAACUUUGGCGCACAGUCCAACUCACCGCUCAUGCAAGGGGACACUAA